AUAAGCUGCCUCUGGGGCUUCUGCCGGUCAGUCGGCGGGCUAGACCGCGGCGCUGCAUCUGCUAGUGGCUGGGAGCGAAGUUGUUCUGGGUGUGGCUGUCGCGGUCGCCGCUGCCUCUCGACCCAAUGAGCUGCACCAGAAUGAUCCAUGUGCUGGACCCACGGCCUCUGACAAGCUCAGUCAUGCCGGUGGAUGUGGCCAUGAGGAUUUGCCUGGCUCAUUCACCACCUCUGAAGAGUUUCCUGGGCCCUUACAGUGACUUUCAACGAAGAAAUUUUGUGAAUAAAUUAAAGCCCCUGAAACCAUGUCUCAACAUCAAGCAGGAAGCCAAAUCGCAGAAUGAAUGGAAGCGCCCGCGUGACCAAGCCAAGAAGCGGGUCGUGUUCGCCGACUCCAAGGGGCUGUCCCUCACUGCUAUCCACGUCUUCUCUGACCUCCCAGAAGAACCUGCGUGGGACCUGCAGUUUGACCUCUUGGACCUUAACGAUAUCUCUUCCAGCUUAAAACUUCACGAGGAGAAAAACUUGGUCUUCGACUUCCCCCAGCCUUCAAGCGACUACUUAAGUUUCCGAGACCGCUUCCAGAAGAACUUUGUCUGCCUGGAGAACUGCUCUUUGCAAGAUCGAACAGUGACUGGGACAAUCAAAGUGAAGAACAUGAGCUUUGAGAAGAAGGUUCGGGUCCGCAUCACCUUUGACACCUGGAAAACCUACACAGAUGUGGACUGUGUAUACAUGAAGAAUGUUUACAGCAGCUCAGACAGCGACACCUUCUCCUUUUCCGUCGACUUACCCCGCGUCAUUCCAACUGAGGAGAAGAUUGAGUUCUGCAUCUCUUACCACGCUAACGGGAGGGUCUUCUGGGACAACAACCAGGGUCAGAAUUAUCGAAUUGUCCAUGUACAGUGGAAACCUGAUGGAGUGCAGACACAGGUGGCACCCCGAGACUGUGCAUUCCAACAGGUGCCUCCUAAGGCUGAGCUAGAACCCACAGUCUUUGGAAGCCCGAGGCUUGCUAGUGGCCUCUUCCCAGAAUGGCAGAGUUGGGGGAGAGUGGAGAACUUGGCCUCCUACCGAUGAGUUAGGCAGUCUAUAGACUGGCUUUGUCUGAUCAUAAUCCUCAUACGAUUCUAGGUCUGUAUUGCUCCAUAUUAGGAAGUCUUAGUUACUUUCCAUCAGUAGAUUUAGGUAUGAGCUGCCGGGGUCUGGCUAUAGGAAAUAUAGCCACUUGAGAAUUUCGUGUUGGGGGGUCGAUGAGGGUGAUACUGCCCCGCCUUGUUCUGGAGGAUCAAGCAACAGCUUGGGAACUGGUUUUAUACAAGCCACACCUUUUUUGGGGUGCAUUUUAACACUUCCCUCUCACUUCACUAGCUUUCACUUUGGACAAGGAAAGGUUUGAGGACAGUUGGUGGUGAUGGAAUGCUGUGGAAAGGGCGUGAGGAAUGUGAAAUGUAUAUGCUAAGGGCCCCAAGACUCAAGUCAGAGAAGGAGCAGGGGCCCCAUGGUUAACCGUUGGUGGGAAAGCACAGAAUUAACUUGUGUUAAAGAGGGUCUCCCUGGUUUCUCCUGAGGAAAUAACUCAAAAGAGGGGAAAGAGAACCAUUCUGUGCAUUCUUGCAUAGAAAAAGAAAGGCUGUUGUUGCGUGGUACUGGGAGAAGAGGAACUAUAGUUCUGAAGAAUCAAGAUCUUGAGGGCUGGAAGUGUAGCUCAGUGGGUAGGGUGCCUGCCUUGCAUGCCUGAAGCCCUAGGUUCCAGGCUCAGCACCGUAAAACUGGGGGUG